CCAUGAAUUAUAUAAAAGCUUGCGCGGAUUUUUUACCCGCAUUCGAACUAGUUCAUCCAAGCUAGACAAUCCUAAAACAUUAACAAAAUGAGAGCCUUCGUGGUCGCGAUGGCGAUGCUGGCCGUGGCCGCCGCCCAAACCCAAACCUCCUCCACCCCUAGAUCCACCUUCGACAACUUCGGAUUCCCCGUUCAGAACAAAUACAACCAGUACAACCGCUACAACCGCUACCAGAACCAGUUCAACCCAUACGGCCAAUACCAGCAAAACCAGGGACAAUACCAAGGACAAUACCAGGGACAAUACCAGCCCUUCCAAUACCAAAACCAGAACCGUUACACAAACCCGACCUACAAACCCUUCGUAUUUAGCACCACCGCCGCCCCUGCCGUCUCCUCCGUCGCCCCCGCUGUCACACCCUCCGCCGCUCCCUCCCCAGCCCCCUCUGCGGUCCCUGUGGUCGUAGCUCCAUCUCCAGUCAUCGCCGCCAAGGUAGUCUCAAGCGACGGAGCCGCUUCCAUUGUUAAAUUCGACAAUGAAAUCAACCCUGACGGCGCUUACAGCUACUACUACGAAACUGACAACGGUAUCUCCGCCCAGGAGCAAGGUGUGCCCCGCAACUUCGGUGGUAACCCACCCGUCUCCCCCGAUGUAGUCCAGGGAUCUUUCUCAUGGACCUCCCCCGAGGGUGAAGUGAUCUCAAUGACAUACGUCGCUGACGAAAACGGCUACCAGCCUCAGGGUAACGCCAUUCCCCAGCCCCCUCCAAUCCCUCCACAAAUCGCCCGCGCUCUCGAGUACAUCGCCAAAUACAGCCCAGUCCAAAGGGAGUAAAUUGAAGCUUCGUUUAUCUGAAGAAUCUCACUUUGUGUAAAAUAACGUAAUCCACCUAAUAAAUAGAAUUAAUUUAAUACUCUUUGUUUCAUAAAGAUAAAAUAGAUUGUGAUAUGAUUGUUAUAGAUCAACAUAUAACUCAAUGUACCUUUGUAAAUGAAAUAAAAAAGCUAUAGUUAAUUAUCUA